UUUCGUACGCACUUUAGCAACUUAUUUUCGUAUAUUUCACUUGAAAUAAAAUAACUUAAGUUUUAUUUGGUUUUAUUUUUGUUUUACUGUUGUUUGUUGUGUGUUUUGCUUUUGUUUCUUUUAACGAGCCGAAGGCACGAGAGAAACGUUUGUACAAAUAUGCAAAAAUUAUAUAAAAUAAAGUGAAAAAACCGUGAAUGUUGAAUAAAUUAAUUUGCCACUUCACAAGUCUUUGGAGUUUAUUUUUGUUUAUCUUUUGUAAUGUAUAAAAUAAAAGUGCAUCAGGAAUUGUGAAAAUAUUUAAUUCAGAGUUUUCGUUGAGUGCAUUUCGGAGCGAGUCGCGUACAUAAAAAACAAUUUGUGAAUAUACAAUAUAAAACUACAUAAUAUACAUUAAGUCAUGUUGAAACUAUGGAAUGCCCUGACUCGCCGUAAAACGGACGAUGUCCAUGAGAGCGAAUCGAUGUUGGCCCGUGUGCUGAAUCUCUUGGAUCUGACGGCUCUCGGAGUGGGCAGCACAUUGGGCCUGGGCGUCUAUGUGCUGGCUGGCCAGGUGGCGUACAAUAUCGCGGGUCCGGCUGUGACCAUAUCCUUUCUGAUAGCUGCCCUCGCGUCGGCAUUUGCGGGCAUUUGCUAUGCGGAGUUUGCAGCUCGCGUGCCCAAGGCGGGCAGCGCCUACGUCUACAGCUAUGUGACCAUUGGCGAGUUUGUGGCCUUUACGAUUGGCUGGAAUCUGAUAUUGGAGUACGUGAUUGGCACGGCGUCAGUGGCACGUGGCUUGAGCGGUUACUUUGACUCGCUGAUCGAUAACAACAUGUCGAAGGCGCUCAUCGAAGCGAUGCCCAUCAAUGUGAGCUUCCUGGGCGACUAUCCGGACUUUUUGUCCUUUGGCAUGGUUCUCCUGCUCGCUGCUCUGCUGGCUUUUGGUGCCAAGGAAUCCAGUUUCUUGAAUAACAUUUUUACCACAGUCAAUUUGGUAACUAUUGGAAUUGUUCUCGUCGCUGGUGGCAUGAAUGCCAAUCCGGACAACUGGCGCAUUCCAGCCAGCGAAGUGCCUUCCUGGGCUGGCACUGGUGGGUUUAUGCCGUAUGGCAUAGCCGGUGUCAUGGCUGGAGCUGCUAAGUGCUUUUAUGGAUUUGUGGGCUUCGAUUGUAUUGCCACCACCGGCGAGGAGGCCAUCAAUCCCAAGCGUAACAUUCCCUUGGCCAUUGUGAUAUCGCUGAUCAUCAUCUUUCUGGCCUACUUCGGCGUCUCCACGGUGCUGACCAUGAUGCUGCCAUACUAUCUACAGGAUCCGGAUGCACCAUUCCCAAAGGCCUUCGAUUCCGUCGAAUGGUAUACGAUCAAAUGGAUUGUGACAAUCGGAGCUUUGUUUGCGCUCUGCACCAGCCUGCUGGGCGCCAUGUUCCCACUGCCCCGCAUUCUGUAUGCCAUGGGCAACGAUGGCAUUCUGUUCAAGGGUCUGUCCAAGGUGCAUCCAUAUACGAAGACGCCGCUGCUGGCCACAAUCAUCUCUGGCAUAUUUGCAGCCAUAAUGGCCAUGUUGUUCAACCUGGAUCAGUUGGUUGACAUGAUGUCCAUUGGCACACUGCUCGCCUAUACGAUUGUGGCUAUAUGUGUGCUGGUGCUGCGCUACCAGGAUGAGCAGAUGACCAAAGUGGUCUCGAUACGCGCCCCCAAAGUAUUCCAGCAGUUCUUCUGCAACAGCUACAAGGUACCCAAUACUAUGACCUCGGCCAUUACCAAAUUCGGCAUCGUGAUCUUUGCCAUCUUCUGCAUCAUCUGGUGCAUCUUCAUGCAGGUCUUCGACACAGAUCAAACUGGUCGCAUUGUUAGCCUGAGUGUUGUCGGCUUACUGCUCAUUAUAAUUUGCAUUGUGAUCGCCCUGCAGCCGGUGUCCACGAUUGAACUGACGUUCAAGGUGCCGCUGGUGCCGUUUGUGCCCUGCCUGAGCGUCUUUGUCAAUUUGUAUUUGAUGUUCCAGCUGGACUUGUUCACGUGGAUACGCUUCAUCAUCUGGAUAGCCGUUGGCUAUUGCAUAUACUUUAUCUACGGCAUUCGCAACUCAACGCAAAUCUCGAGAAAUCGCAAUCAUGCCGAGGUGGCCGCCAAUGCAUUGCAAAACUCUCUCCAAGAGCAUGAGAAUCGAGCCUUCGAGCCGGACUGGAAGGUGGAGAACGGCAUUAAGCCGCAGUACGAGUAUUCGGAAAAGCUAUAAAACGAUCUAGGGAACUCGAACGUGUAUAGCUGAGCAAGUAUUAUAAGUUGCAUUAUAGCUUAAGGCUGUGCCCCAUAGCUGAAUAACAAAUGAGCUGAUAUUAUUAUUAUAUAAUAUUAUAUUCCUUACCCAUUUUAAAUCAGGGAAAAGUAUUUGAAUUCUCUAAAUUUUAUUGAGCAGGCCUUAGUAGCUUUGUUGGUGUAUAUUAUUUAAAUUAAUAUUUCAUAUUCGAAAUACCCAAAAAAAAAAAAAAAAUAGUUUUAUAAAGUAUGAUUGCGGUGUUAUAUAUCAAAGUUUAAGUUAUUUGAAAUUGAAGCCCAGUAAGAAAUUAAGAAACAUAAUUUUUAUUUUAUUUUUUAAUUAUAUAGCUAAAAUUUCCUGUUAGUUAAUUUCUGAAAAAUUAUUUGAAAUUUUGAAGCCUAUUAGACUCUCUACUAAAUAUUUUCAUUAAUAAAUCUAUUUUUUUUUUUAUAAUAUAAUAGCUUAUAUCUUAAUAGCUACAUAAUUUCUUAAAAGUAAUUUUAAAAAAUUAUUAAACAAAAAAAUAAUAAUGAUAAUUACGACUUUUCAAAUUUAUAUACAUAAUAUUCAUAUAUAUAUACUAUCUGCUCAUUUGUUAGUCAGCUGUGAAAACAGGUUUUCAAAGUUUUUAGUUUAUACAAUUUUCGAGCCCGUAGUAAACCCCACUUAUCUUGCUUGUAACUUCAAUUAUACUCUGAGUUUAACUUGCAUGUGUUUGUGAGAGAGAUGAAUAGAUUGCGCAUAAAAAUUAAAUGAAUAACCCAUUAGACAGUAGAACUCACGCCUUCCAGAGACCUUAUAGAGUUCUCUUGGGGUUUUUUGUUAUUUUUAUGCGCCAGAAAUUUAGACACACACGACUUCCUAUUGGCCGCUCAAUGCGAGAUUUUUAAUAUUAAUAUUUUAUUUUAUUUUGUUUUUCAUUUAUUGAUCAUGUUCUUAAUUUGUUUCUUAUAUAAAUUUUGCUGCCUUUUGAUUUCUGUACAUAAUGCCCCGAAAUGUUGUGAUAUUUCUAAAUAUAUAUAUAUGUACAUAUAUAGAGUUUUAAAAUGUUCGCAUAUAUUGAUAUAUAUUUGUGUCACAAUUCUUGUUGUCGUUAUGUAAAUGCAGUUUGUAAUGUAAUUUAAAAUAUUUUCAUAGAUUUGUAUGCAAUCUUACAAUCCUAAGCUAGUACUGUAUUUAUGUUAUUUAGCCAAUAAGUCAAUGCUCCCGCCCUACCCCCUACCGAACCCAACCAUGUACUAAGUUCAAAGAACGAGAAACGAAUUUGCCCCCACAUUAAAUAUUUUAUUAAAUAAAACAAAAUGUUGAAUGAAUAA